GCGACAUAGAAUUUCUGAAAUACUGAGAAGACUAACGCUAUACUGGAUAGGAAAGCAUAGAGGUCGAAGGAUUUUAUUCGUAGUUUAUACGAUGACCUGCAGAAAUAAUUUCAAGCCAUAAAAUAAAGAAUUUUGUUAGAUUGCUAAACUGAAAAGAUACAGGGAAGAUUCUAUUUAAAUCUUAGUCCUAAGGACGCAGAAUGUCUCUUUCAAGAUGCUUUUGAACGUGGUUUACGAAUCGUAUUGAUUACAUGAUUUUAAGGUUUUUGCUAAAUUAUGGAAAGCGCUUUCCAAGAAGGUUCCUCAGAGGACUCUAGCAAGAUCAUAUGCACGUUUACAUGCGUGCAAAGCUGAGGAAGUGUGAGAAGAUUUCACAUGAAUCUUUGAAGAUAGAGGCUUUCUACUCAGGACUAGGAAUACCUUGAAGUUUCUGAGAAUAGGAUAAGGAGUUAACAUUGUUGCAACUGCUAAAAUGUCUAAUGGUAAUAAUAUGCUAUCGAUCGAUUGGAAGACAUAGAGAUUUGAGCAUUUUAUUCAUAAUCUAUAAUGCAGAAUCUUGCCAAUAAAUAUCAGAAACGGUAUUGGCAGGAUUAAAUUGUUAAAGGAUUUGCGUUUAGGUAAUAAUACCAGAGAUGGGAUCAGUUGACAUUUUUUCUGAAUCGAAUCGAACGUAACUGAUCGAGUUUUAAAAAAUUUCCAACCGAACCGAACCGGAUUUAGCGAAAGCGAAGUUUAUUAUGCUAAUUGCAGUAGUAGUACUUUAUAAACGAAGAUUCUUUUAUAUAAUAACAACAACGAAUAAUGAAUAUUUAGUACGCAAACAGAACAGAAAAAAGAUGUGCAUUUACAUGGGUCAAUUUCAAAUGCGCUGUGUGCAACACGUUUUAAAAAAAUUAAUUAGGCCGAACUUUUGAUCUGUGCUAGUUGAUACAGAUAAUUCUUCUCUAUCAAAAUGUGUUGUUAGUUUUUUCCAAAAAUAUCUAUAUCAAGAAAUAAUCGAUAGAAGCUGACCAAUCAAAACACAAUAACGCUUAUGAUUUGAUAAUGAAUCGAUGAUUCAUCCCUAUUUGAUGGUAGACUAAUUUAGAGAAAACAAACAAUGAAGAUUGUUCAUUGAAUCAUCACACUGCAUUGUAAUUUCCUUACCUCUUAAAAUCGAUCAAAAAAAUGUCAAAUAAUAUCUGAGUUACGAGCGACAUCUAAUCGUUGUACAAUCACGGUCUUUUUUUUCUUUUCAGAUCUCACUGAAAAAAUCGAUUGAACUCAAAUUAAAAAAUUAUAUCGAUUCAUUCCAACUGAACCGAACGUCACCGACCGAUUUUUUAAAAAUUUCUAGCCGAACUGAUCUCAUCUCUAACUGGCACGUCUGAAAACCGAUUUAAGUGGAGUAAAAAGAAAACAACGAAUGCCUGCCAGUUCAAAACAUGUCAAGGGCUUCAAAUCACUUGAAAUUUGCAAAAAUUUCAUUUGUCAACCGUGAUUUUCAUACACAAUCCAGGUUUGCCGCCAUAUUUUUGUAGUCGAACUAGCUUCAGUUCUCUAUUUUCCGGUCCUCAAUGCAUCCUAUGUUUGUGCUAUUCAUAUUAAAUCUCAAAUAACAUGAAUAUAUUAAUGUUUUUAACUUCAAUAUUUUUCCCAUUUUAAAUGAAUCACUACUAAAGAUCCUUUAGAGAGAACGAGCCAAUGUUUUUCUGCAUACAUCGAGUAACCUUAAUUGAUUUAAAUCUAAUUGGUGACAUAAAUAAAUGGGCACAAAACAAUCAAAAUAUUCCCUGGACCUAUUAUAGCAGUUUUCUUACAUGAUCAACUAAUUCGUUUUUGCUUAAUCAUAUAUUACUCGACAAUGAUAUGUUUACUCUUUAUCGAAAACUGAAAAGAAGCUCCCUACAAUCUGGAUAGCCAAAACUAUGAAUGAAAUGCCUCCGAAACAACGCCUGAUCGAAUUGGGAUACCUGACUUCAAAAUUAUCUGAAUUCAGGUAGAGAUGAGAAUGAAUUUCAUUUCAUAGCUGUCAACAAAACGAGUUAAGCUUCGAUAAUGAUGAAAAAUAGUCAACAUGGAGAUUGCAUGCUGUUACUUGAUUUUUUUCUUAUGAUUAAAAUUAAAUCACUCAUAAUAUAAGAUCGUUGAUCUUAUCAAUUUACCUUCAGCUAGCUACAGAGUAAUAUUGCAUACAAAGGAACUAUAUAUACUUGAGUCAAAAUUAGCAUUUUCCAAAAUCAAGAAGCGUCAAUAUAAUGCUCAUCUAGUUACUGAGUACUGGUUAUGGUGGUCACUGUGGUUAGAAUUGUAAUUACGGUUGUAGUGUGCAUUGUCAUUCAUAAUCAAAGAACAUUGGUGUAAACAAAGCAGAUAGUUUUAGAUCUAACAUAGAAUAUAAUAUAGAACUGGGUGCGCUUAAGUUUCAGGUGAAGCCUAAGAAGUGUUUCACAGUAGAGCGACGAUCUCAAAUGGUCUAAAAAGGGACUUUUUCUUUCAGAACUUAUUUUUAACGGAAAACGUCUGUGUUCAUCAGAGACCGAAAGCUUAGUAAAAUUUUCGACAAUUCGAUUCGAUGUUAUUCAGUUGAAUCAGAUCAAAUCAAAUUGAAUUGAACCGAACCCACCAAGACCGUCCUGGUCACAUUCAUCAUUUCUAUUGUAUUUCGAAUACGAGCAAAGAUUAAAAUGCACUAGCUACCAUUGCAGUACAAAAUUGUUAUUCGAAGUAUAAAGCUUGUAAUUUCAACCUCUCACAUAAAUUGCUCAUUUGCCAGUGUGUUUGUCUUAGGCCAUUAGAAUAGUCUGCCGUCGUAUCAACAAUGUAAGUGAAAUGAAUUUAAAGAGAUAUUCGAAAGAACAGAAUAAGAAUGUACAGAUAAAUUGUUACGAACUCUCUCUCAUCUCUUUUGCUGACAGACUACCAACGACAAAAUUAACCGUACACUUGGUUUUUGCUCUAAAAUAUAAAGUUUGUAGUUAGAAGAAAUUUUCUUUGGUAUAUAUGAAUAGUACAAGUAUAGAUAUUUAUAACAGAAAUAAAAAUCUAGUUAAUGGUCGGUUUGUUGUAUAUUUACUUUUGUAUAUUUUGUGUUUGCUCCAUAUUUUUUUGCUCGAUGAUUUCAUCGAAAAUGUAUAGACUAACUGAAGAACAACGCUAGUAUAUCAUCUGUGAGUGGAAAAAAGGUUCUAUAAAUAUCUCAAAAAUAGUACGUUCCUUCAAGUGUCGCCGUGCUACAAUAUACGAUGUCAUUGAUUAUUAUGGUCGCCAUAAUGAUGUAAAUUAUACAGAUAGAUAUAAUGCUGGUCAUCCACCUGCACUCGAUUCAGCACAAAUUAAACAACUUGAUCAAACUAUACAACAAAACCGAUCAGCUACUGCUGCUGAAUUAUUAUCACUCAGGAACUUCAAUACUACCGAACGCACGAUACAACGUUAUCGUUUAUCCCUUGGUUAUCGUCCUUGUAAUUCUGUUAUUAAAAUUAAGACUAACAAUACAAAUGAACAAAAUCGAUAUCAAUUUGCUGCAUUACAUCACUUGGCCAACAUCAGGAAAUAUAUUUUUGAAGAUGAAUGCUAUGUGGGAUUAAGAAGUACACAACAGAUUGUUUGGUGUAAACGAGGAGAAUCAACACCGAAGAAAGAAAUAUCAUCUUUGCGAGCUCAUGUAAAUUUAAUUGGUUUUAUUUGGUGGAAUGAUUAUGUCUUUCGCCGAUUUGAUAAUUGGUUAAAUAGUGACACAUAUUGUGAUACAGUUAAUGAAGCAUUAUCGGGAAAUUUGCGAAAAUUAAAUGGAUUUUUAUUUAUUUCUGAUGGAGUAAAAUGGCACAGAAGUGCUCAAUUCAAACGAGGGUGUGACAAAUAUAAUAUUGAAUUAUGUGAAUGGCCAGGUUAUAGUCCUGACUUUAAUGCUAUAGAACUGGUCUGGAACAUUAUCAAACAAAAGGUUAAAAACCAAAAAUCUAAAAUCACAAUGUGA